ACCUUCCUUUCACGUUUCGGCGAUUCACCCGUUAUUCCUUUCAGCUAUUCACCCCUCACCACCAUCCCCAUUUCAGCACGGCAAUUCAGCGACAUCGUCAACCACCGUCUUCUUCACUCGACGUCGACGACGCUAACUUCUCGCUCCUCUGCGCGACUGCGUUUUACCAUUACGUGCCUUAGCCUUUUGUUCUUCUUCAUUUGCGAGUUUGGAAAUCCAGAGGUUCGAUUGUCUUCUUCAGUCUUCAUUUUGUGUUCUUCACUUACGCCUCUGCCUCUCCCAGUCUCCCACUGUCCCUGCUAGGUGCUCGACUGCUUGCUGUCAAUUUCAUUCUUCGUGAUCCGUUGAUUCGCAUUGAGUAGCGGCGACAAGACGCGAGGAAAAUGGGGGAUUUCUGGAGCGUCUUUUGUGGUGAAUCUGGUUGUUCAGAACCAGGGGAAAGCCCUUGUAGUUAUGGUUUCGAGUUCUUGAGAGAUCCUUCGUCUUGCAUCAAUCAUUCGUUGAUUAUUUGCCUCGAUGUGUUGCUGCUGAUUAUGCUUAUAAUCACUGCAAUAAAGAGGUCAUCCCCGCAGACAGUUCACCACCAUGCCCAGGUACAGAGGUUUUCGAAGUUGCAGGUGGCUUCUGCAAUAGUGAAUGGUUGUCUUGGGUUAGUUCAUUUGUUCUUGGGCGUUUGGGUCUUAGAGGAGAAAUUGAGGAAAACUCACACUGCCUUUCCUAUCCAUUUGUGGUUUCUAGAGUUUUCGCAGGGGUUUACAUGGUUGUUGGUGGGUUUAACAACAAGUCUUAGGUUGAAAGACCUUUCAAAACCAUGGUUGAAGCUAUUGUCUAUUCUUUUCUUCUUAGUUUCUGGUGUUUUCUGUGUCAUUUCCAUUUUGUAUGCCAGUAGUGGCCGAGAAGUGUCACUUAAGGUAGCUUUAGAUAUUGUAUCUUUUCCAGGAGCAAUAUUGUUGCUCGUGUGCUCUUAUAAGCGGUCUACGUAUGCAGACACUGAUGGAAAAAUUGAUGAAAGUCUUUAUGCUCCUUUAAACGGCCACCAUUCCACUGAUGCUGGCAAAACUAGUUCUUUCAACGAUGUAACUCCAUUUGCCACAGCUGGAUUCUUCAGCAAAAUGACGUUUUGGUGGUUGAAUCCAUUGAUGAAAAGGGGUAAGGAGAAAACACUCGAGGAUGAAGACGUCCCAAAGUUGCGGGAGGAAGAUCAAGCCCAAAGUUGCUAUUUGAUGUUUUUGGAUCAAUUGAACCGACAGAAACAAAGGGAACCAUCGUCGCAGCCAUCACUUUUGUGGACAAUCUUGUUGUGCCAUUGGAAAGAUAUAUUGUUCUCUGGGUUUUAUGCAUUGCUGAAGGUGCUCACUAUCUCUGCUGGUCCAGUGCUUCUGAAUUCUUUCAUACUGGUUGCUGAGGGUAAAGGGAGUUACCAAUAUGAAGGGUAUGUAUUGGCCAUAUUACUUUUCCUGACCAAGAUCAUAGAGUCAGUAUCACAAAGGCAGUGGUAUUUCCUAAGCAGGCUCACUGGUUUAAAAGUUAGAUCAUUUCUUACUGCAGCGAUUUAUAAAAAGCAAUUGAGGAUAUCUAAUGCUUCGAAGUUGGUGCAUUCAAGUGGGGAGAUUAUGAAUUAUGUGACGGUAGAUGCUUAUAGAAUUGGAGAAUUCCCGUUUUGGUUUCACCAGAUUUGGACUACAAGUCUUCAACUGUGCAUUGCAUUAAUAGUUCUUUUCCGUGCUGUGGGGCUUGCAACAUUUGCUGCCUUGGCAGUAAUAGUCCUCACUGUGCUUUGCAAUACUCCACUUGCAAAGUUACAGCAUAAGUAUCAGACCAAACUUAUGGUGGCACAGGAUGAAAGAUUGAAGGCUAGUUCUGAGGCUUUAGUGAAUAUGAAAGUACUGAAACUAUAUGCGUGGGAAACCCAUUUCAAGAGGGCAAUAGAAUGUUUGAGGAAAGUGGAGUUGAAAUGUUUGUCUGCAUUACAGUUGAGAAAGGCAUACAUCACCUUUCUCUUUUGGUCUUCACCUGUUAUGGUAUCUGCUGCUUCAUUUGGGGCAUGCUACUUCCUCAAAAUCCCGUUACAUGCAAAUAAUGUUUUCACCUUUGUGGCCAGUUUACGCCUUGUUCAGGAUCCAAUCAGGACCAUGGCUGAUGUUAUUGGGAUGCUUAUUCAAGCAAAAGUAGCAUAUACUCGGAUUGUGAAAUUCCUUGAGGCACCAGAGCUACUGAAUGCAAACGUCAAAAAGAGGAACUUAGGUGACAGGCUCAAGGGCUCCAUCCUAAUCAACUCAGCUGACUUUUCUUGGGAGGGUAAUGCUUCAAAGCCCACUCUAAGAAACAUAAAUCUAGUGGUUAAACCAGGGCAAAAGGUGGCUAUUUGUGGAGAAGUUGGUUCUGGAAAAUCAACCCUAUUAGCUGCAAUUCUUGGUGAAGUUCCUAAUACUCGUGGAACUAUAGAAGUUCACGGAAAGUUUGCUUAUGUUUCUCAAACAGCAUGGAUACAGACAGGCACAGUAAGGGAGAAUAUUUUGUUUGGUUCAACUAUGGAUUCUCAGAGGUAUCAAGAAACACUUGAAAGAUCAUCCUUAGUGAAGGAUCUAGAGUUAUUUCCCCAUGGCGAUUUCACUGAAAUAGGGGAGAGAGGAGUAAACUUGAGUGGAGGUCAGAAGCAGCGAAUUCAGCUUGCUCGUGCUCUUUAUCAGAAUGCUGAUAUAUAUGUCUUGGAUGAUCCAUUCAGUGCUGUUGAUGCGCACACUGCCACAAAUUUGUUUAAUGAAUAUGUCAUGGAUGCACUUCAGGGAAAGACAGUCUUACUUGUGACUCAUCAAGUUGACUUCCUUCCAGCAUUUGAUUCUAUUUUGCUCAUGUCUGAUGGAGAAAUUAGACAAGCUGCCUCAUAUGACUAUCUACUGGCUUCAAGCCAGGAAUUUCAGGAUCUUGUCAAUGCUCACAAGGAGACUGCUGGUUCUGAAAGGCUUGUGAAUGUGACGUCUGCUCAGGCAGGACCAAGUUCUGCUAAGGAGAUUAUUAAAUCAUAUGUGGAGAAGGAAUUUAAGGCUUCAAAUGGUGAUCAGUUAAUUAAACAAGAAGAAAGAGAAACAGGAGACAAUGGGCUAAAGCCUUACUUUCAAUAUCUGAAUCAGAGGAGGGGUUAUUUAUACUUCUCCUUGGCUGCCCUUUCCCACCUUACGUUUGUGAUUGGUCAGGUAUUACAGAACUCAUGGAUGGCUGCUAAUGUUGACAAUCCUCAUGUGAGCACGUUGCGAUUGAUUUCAGUAUACUUGUUGAUUGGAGUUGGUUCAACAAUUUUCUUGCUGUUCAGAGUUCUUGGAGUAGUUGCUAUGGGUCUUCAAUCAUCAACGUCUUUGUUUGCUCAGCUACUAAACUCCCUUUUUCGUGCCCCUAUAUCUUUUUAUGACUCCACGCCAUUGGGAAGGAUCCUUAGUAGGGUCUCAUCUGAUCUGAGCAUUGUUGAUCUUGAUGUCCCUUUCACUCUUAUGUUCGCUGUUGGAGCCACUACAAAUUUAUAUGCUAAUCUUACAGUUCUGGCAGUUGUUACUUGGCAAGUCUUGUUUAUCUCUAUACCGAUGGUUUAUGUUGCACUUCUGUUGAAGAAAUACUACUUUGCCUCUGCGAAACAGUUGAUGAGGCUGAACGGCACAACAAAAUCCUUUGUAGCCAAUCAUCUAGCAGAGUCUGUUGCUGGAGCUAUGACAAUAAGGGCUUUUGAGGAGGAAGAACGUUUCUUUGCCAGGAAUCUUGAGUUAAUCGAUGUCAAUGCUUCUCCUUUCUUCCAUAAUUUUGUGGCAAGUGAGUGGUUGAUUCAACGUUUAGAAACAAUCAGUGCAGUUGUUCUUGCCUCUGCAGCACUAUGCAUGGUAGUGCUUCCACCUGGGACUUUUACCUCUGGAUUUAUUGGCAUGGCUCUCUCUUAUGGCCUUUCACUAAAUGUAUCCCUUGUAUUCUCUAUUCAAAGAGAGUGCAUAAUAGCAAACUAUAUAAUAUCAGUAGAGAGGCUGAAACAAUACAUGCAUAUACCAAGUGAGGCUCCGGAAGUAAUAGAAGGAAAUCGCCCUCCUUUAAAUUGGCCUGCAGUAGGUAAAGUAGAAAUAGAUAAUUUGCAGAUAAGAUAUAGGCCCGAUACACCUCUUGUACUUCGAGGGAUCACAUGUACAAUUGAAGGAGGGCACAAGAUUGGCAUUGUUGGCAGGACAGGCAGUGGAAAGUCUACCCUUAUAGGUGCUUUGUUCCGCCUUGUGGAGCCGGCAGGUGGAAACAUUAUUGUUGAUGGCAUAGAUAUUUGUGCCAUUGGACUCCAUGAUUUGAGGUCACGUUUUGGUAUCAUACCACAAGAUCCCACUCUUUUUAAUGGCACAGUUAGAUAUAACAUGGACCCCUUGUCUCAACACUCUGACAAAGAGAUAUGGGAGGUUCUUGGAAAGUGUCAGUUGCGAGAGGCUGUUCAAGAGAAAGAAGGCGGUUUGGACUCCUCAGUUGUGGGAGAUGGGUCAAACUGGAGCAUGGGGCAACGACAGCUUUUCUGUUUGGGGCGUGCUCUUUUGAGGAGAAGUCGGAUUUUGGUGCUCGAUGAAGCAACUGCAUCUAUUGAUAAUGCUACUGAUUUGAUUCUGCAGAAAACUAUAAGGAGUGAAUUUGCUGAUUGUACUGUGAUGACAGUAGCACACAGGAUACCAACUGUGAUGGAUUGCACCAAGGUUAUCUCCAUUAGUGAUGGAAAAUUGGUGGAGUAUGAUGAGCCAACAAACUUGAUGAAGAGAGAAGACUCUCUGUUUGGACAGCUUGUGAAGGAAUAUUGGUCUCAUCUUCCGUCUGCAGAAUCACAUUAAUCUAUUUAACUACGGGCCAUGUCUGAUGCAAGCUCGUUUUCCUAUUUUUGGUUGGCAGGAAUAAGAUAACUGAGAAAGUGUAAUUUGUAGGUUGUAAAUCGUAUUAUAUUGGGGCAGACUGAGACCUCAGUAACGUGUGAGCAAUAAUAACCUAUGCAUUCAUGGUUCUCGAGAUAUCAACUUUUGAAAGCUGCGAAA